AUGAUUAAAUGGCUAGUCGGGCUUAAGCAUUUGAUCUGGAGUCCACAGUCUCCGCCGUCCCAACUACACCACGCACGCGCAGCCAUCAGAGAUAUCAGGAGCAAUAUUUGGGCGCGUACACCUGGGCGAGGGAAAAUGGCAGAGGCGCGAUCUGGAACCUUCUAUAUCGCAUGG